AUGUGAGGAGCCGGAGCGCCAACGCCGGUCUCAGGGGCAGCAGUAGCAACCGCGGCUUCUGUUCACGGUGCAGCGGAGGGAAGUGGCUUGAUCGCUUCCUCCCCGGAGCCCGGGCAUGAGCCCGGCCGGCCUUUGCUGGUGCGGUGCCUUGAGUCCGAGAACAAGGAGGGUCGACGUCGUCGUGGACGGGGGAGAGGAGACCGUGCAAAGGGGCCCCCAGGGCGGGAAAUGUGCUGGUUUCCGGCGGCCCCUGGAGCAGCAUGUUCCCCGACACUGCUAACACCUCUUCCAGCAGCGGCAGCGGGCAGCCGGAUUCAGCAGGCGCCGCCGGAGCGCACAGUCCUGGCGGCAGCGAGUCCUGCAAGAGCAGCAGCGUCCCAGCGGCAGCGGCCGAGAGCGACGGCGAGGAGGACGAAGAGGAGGCGGCGGCGAGGGCUCGCGGCUUGUCCCGUUCCAUGCUGGCUCUCGGUCUGGGGCUACUGUUGCUGGCUGUGCCCCUCUUCCAUCUGGGUCAGCAGCAGGAAGAGGAGGAGGAAGAGGCCGGCGGGCAGCUGUGCUCGGCCUUGCUCCUGCUCCGGCUCGUCCUUUACCUGGUAUGCGCCGCCAGCGCCUUCUUGCUCGGCACCUUGCUUGCUCUGGUCAGCCAGAGCCGCGGCCGCCUCAGAGCCCCACCGGAUUUCCGAGCUGCUUGGAACAGCCGCUAUUCGGGAAGGGAAAACAUCGCUCCUUUAUUGCGAACUGCCGUGAAUUUUGUAUCUGGAAAUGCGCAGGAACCUGUCCAGUCAAGGAGAGUGAUGAUUUCUCAUAACAUGGAUAAAGCUCUGAAAGAAGUGUUUGACUACAGCUACAGAGAUUAUGUUUUGUCUUGGUAUGGGAACCUCAGCAGAGACGAGGGGCAGCUGUACCACCUGCUAUCAGAAGACUUCUGGGAAGUUGCUAAGCAGUUGCGACACAGGCUCAGUCACAUUGAUGUAGUUAAAGUUGUCUGCAAUGAUGUAGUGAAAGUUUUGUUCACCCACUUCUGUGACCUUAAAACAGCCAAUUCCAGACUGGAAGAACAACCACGACCAUUUUUACUGCACCCUUGUUUGAGGAACCCUGAGGAAGAAGCAAGAUUCCUGCAAGCAUGUUCCCAAAUUCUGGUGUACUGUCUCCUGCCCUCGAAGGAUGCCCGGUCUCUGAGUUUGCGCAUAGUGCUUGCAGAAAUACUAGCAUCAAAAGUACUGAAACCCAUGGUAGAACUGCUGAGUGAUCCAAACUACAUCAACCAAAUGUUGCUUGCCCAGAUGGAGUACAGAGAGCAUGUGAAUGAACAACACAAAAGAGCCUACACAUAUGCUCCUUCUUAUGAAGAAUUCAUCAAGCUUAUUAAUAGCAGCUCUGAUGUUGAAUUCCUCAAACAGCUAAGGUAUCAGAUUGUAGUGGAAAUAGUUCAAGCAACCACCAUCAGCAGCUUUCCACAGUUGAAACGGCAAAAAGAGAGUAAAGGUAAAGAGACUGCUUCAAUGAAAGCUGACCAUUUGAGGGCCCGAAACAUGAAGAGGUAUAUUAAUCAGCUUACUGUAGCAAAAAAGCAGUGUGAAAAGCGAAUACGACUUCUGGGAGGUCCGGCUUAUGACCAGCCAGAAGAUGGGAUCUUUGAGGAUAGUGAUGGCCCUCAGAGCCAGAAGAUUCUUCAGUUUGAGGAUAUUUUGUGUAACCCAUCUUACAGAGAGCACUUCCGAAUAUAUAUGGAAAGAAUGGAUAAGAGGGUUAUGAUCAGCUAUUGGGAAUCUGUGGAGUACUUGAAGAAUGCUAGUAAGGCUGAAAUACCUCAACUUGUAAGUCAAAUCUAUCAGGAUUUUUUUGUGGAAAGCCGAGAAAUUCCUGUGGAGAAGUCAUUGUAUAAAGAGAUACAGCAGAGCCUUGUGGGUAACAAAGGCAUUGAAGUGUUCUACAAAAUUCAGACUGAUGUUUAUGAAACACUGAAGGACAGGUACUACCCAUCAUUCAUUGUCAGUGAUUUAUAUGAGAGGUUGAUCAAGAAGGAAGAAGAGAAGACUACUGUCCAGAUGACAUCUGAGGACAAAGAUGAAGUGAACCAAGUUUGUGAAGAAGUUAUUGAUGAAGGAAGCUCAGGAAUUAAUGAGCAGGCCAGUUAUGCUGUGAAUAAACUACGCCAGUUAAAUGACAAGCUUGAAUAUAAGAGACAAGCUCUAAAUUCUCUCUGCAGUUCACCAAAACCUGACAAAAAGAUUGUUUCUAAACUGAAAGAUGAAAUCACUGUGAUGGAGAGAGAACACAGUGACCUUCAAUUACAUAUUGAAAGAACAGAUUGGUGGUGUGAGAAUUUUGGCAUGUGGAAGGCCUUCAUAAAUACCAGCGAGGUUAUAGAAGAAAAUGGUGAACAAGUGCCCUGUUAUUCAGUCAUGGUGAGUUUACAAGACAUUGGUGGUGCUGAAGCGAAAGAAUGGAUGGUUCUCCGAAAGCUCAGUGAAUUUCAAGGCCUGCAUCGGAAACUAAGUGAGUGCUUCCCAUCAUUAAAGAAAGCUCAGUUGCCUUCACUAAGCAAACUGCCCUUUAAAUCUGUAGACCAGAAAUUCAUGGAAAAGUCUAAGAACCAGUUAAAUAACUUUUUACAGAAAUUGCUUUCUGAUGAAAGGCUCUGUCAGAGUGAAGCACUUUAUGCCUUCUUAAGCCCUUCCCCUGAGCACCUCAAGGUUAUUGACAUACAGGGAAAGAAGUCUUCUUUUUCACUCUCUUCUUUUUUAGAGAGGCUUCCUGGGGACUUCUUUUCUCAUCAGGAGGAGGAGACUGAAGAUGAUGAUGAUCUGUCUGACUACGGGGAUGAUGUGGAUGGGAAACGAGAUUCCCUUGCUGAACCUUGCUUCAUGCUGAUAGGAGAAAUUUUUGAACUGCGAGGAAUGUUUAAGUGGGUGAGGAAGACCCUAAUUGCAUUAGUUCAAGUCACUUUUGGAAGAACUAUCAACAAGCAAAUUCGUGACACUGUAAAUUGGAUCUUCAGUGAAAUGAUGCUUGUUUACUAUAUCAAUGUAUUCCGUGAUGCUUUUUGGCCAAAUGGAAAAUUGGCAUCCAGCACAAAGCCUAAAAGUGAAGAGCAAAGCCAGGAGACAAAACAGAAAGCACAGCAAAAACUACUUGAAAACAUUCCAGAUACUCUUCAGAGUCUUGUUGGACAGCAAAAUGCUCGCCAUGGUGUAAUCAAAGUAUUCAACGCACUUCAAGAAACCAAGGCCAACAAACAUCUUCUAUAUGUAUUACUGGAAUUGCUGCUAAUUGAACUGUGUCCUGAGUUGCGAACUCAUUUAGAGCAGCUUAAAGCAGCUCAGGUUUGACUCUGCACAAGCGAAGUACUGGAGAAAUGUCUAUUGUUAAUAAUAGACAUGAAACUUAUUUCCCUCUUUUCCAGAGGGUUCAUUGAAGAUUCCUGAGAAUUUGUAUUUUCCUCUGAGUUUUACGCAAAACAAAGAAAACUUGAACAGUUGUUAGGAUAGAAUGCCAGAUAUUGUGUAGUUUCUGGCUUUUAUUUAACUUGUUAUAUAAAUAAUUCUGUAUAAGAUGCAGAUUGAAAUGUAACUGUUAAUAUAAGAUGUAAGAUCUAUAGAAUAUUUUAAACAUUUAUGAAAGGCAUUUUGCUUUAGUGGUAUAUCAAUGAAUGUUGUACAGUUUAUUUCUUUGCUGAGGAUAAUGAACAUUCCUCUAUUUACUUGUGUACUGAAGAGCCUUGUUGUGCAAAAUAUGUAAAGAUAUUGUGUAAAUUUUAUUGUUUUUAUUUUUACCAAAGAUUUCCCAUAGUUUGGAGCCUUUGUAAGCAAUAAAUAACAAAACUGGA